UCAAGCCUUCUAUAAAUGCACAAACACUUUCUCUUCGCUGCCUCGAAACCUCCACUGGUUUUCAAAGUCUGUUUCACAGAAAUUGAAGAAAACAUGAAGAGGCUUUUCUUUGCCACUCUGCUACUCUUUGCUCUUCUCCUCAGCUCCUCUUUCUUGGAACCCACCAUGGCCAAGUCAUUGUUUUGUACGCAUAAGUGCAAGGGAAGGUGCGCAAAGGCAGCAGUGAAGGAGAGGUGCUUAAAGUACUGUGGGAUAUGCUGUGCUGAGUGCAAGUGUGUGCCUUCUGGGACUUAUGGUAACAAGCACCAGUGCCCUUGCUAUAGGGACAGGAGGAACUCCAAGGGCAAGCCCAAGUGCCCUUAAAAAUAUCAUCAUCAUCAUCACAUCAUCAUUCAAAUGUAACUGGGAGAGAGAGAGCG